GCCGCCUCUGGGAAUUCGAGGCCUGGGUCGGGAAGCCGGGGUUCCACGUGGGACUCCGCCGUUAACAGCCCUUAGGAACGAGUGCCUCUGCUUCUCUGCACUUCCUUUUCCCCACGUGACUAUUCCUGGCUUCCAGCGCUGUUGCAGCUCCGCCGGGAGGAGAGUAUUUAAUAGAGAUUGAUGGAAGCAGAAACCAAAACUCUUCCCCUGGAGAACGCAUCCAUCCUGUCAGAGGGUUCCCUACAGGAAGGGCACCGGUUAUGGAUUGGCAACCUGGACCCCAAAAUCACAGAAUACCACCUCCUGAAGCUCCUCCAGAAGUUUGGCACGGUAAAGCAGUUCGACUUCCUUUUCCACAAGUCAGGUGCUUUGGAGGGACAGCCCAGAGGGUACUGUUUCGUUAACUUUGAAACCAAGCAGGAAGCAGAACAAGCCAUCCAGUGUCUCAAUGGCAAGCUGGCUCUGUCUAAGAAGCUGGUGGUGCGAUGGGCCCAUGCUCAAGUCAAGAGAUAUGAUCAUAACAAGAAUGAUAAGAUCCUUCCAAUCAGCCUUGAGCCAUCCUCUAGCACUGAGCCCACGCAAUCUAACCUAAGCGUCACUGCAAAGAUAAAAGCCAUUGAAGCAAAGCUGAAAAUGAUGGCAGAAAAUCCCGAUGCCGAGUACCCAGCAGCACCUGUUUAUUCCUACUUUAAGCCACCAGAUAAAAAAAGGACUACUCCUUAUUCUAGAACAGCAUGGAAAUCUCGAAGAUGAUGGUUAUGAAUCACUGUAGCAGCAAAAGCAAAUUGGUCUCCACACCUGAAACCCUCUGCCUUUGUACUUUGUAGAUGUGACUGGUACUCCCCAGCAGAGCAUAAUCCCAUGUUAGAGUUUGGUAAAAUGACAUUUUUGGCUGUUCCUAUGGAUGUUUCUACCCUGAAGUAUGUGUGGAAUUGAGCAUCAUCCAGAAUAAAUAGGAUUCUUUCCAAAAUUGUGAUUUGAACACUGGGAUGCUCUAGUUGGCUGGUUUGUUUGGAUUUGUAACUCCAGAAACACUAUAUAGUGUGCCAGAGAGAAAGGCAAACAAAAAAUGUUAUUAUUUAAAUCAGGAAACUAAAUUUAUUAUCGUCUGUCUUAAAAAAAAAAUAGGGCAUUUUUCUGGGCUCAAGUGUCUUUACAACAUAAAAGAGACAGGGAGGGAAUUGGGAGAUUUUGAAUCAUGUUGAGAAUUGUUGUUCUAGAAUUUACUAUGGAAAUCCCUCCAAGUGGACUAAAAAGGAAAAGUUCUUGGCAAAAGGGAGCUGGUUCUUUGAGCAAAUGUUGUGGUAAUCUGCUUAAGAAUUAUGCUUUUUGUUUCAAAAUCCCAAUUAGCAAAAUAUGCCAUAUAUCUUAAAAUUGUUUGCAUCAACAAAACUAUAGAAUCAAAUUUAGCAUAUUGUACCACAACAGAAGUUCUCUUUGGAAAUCCAGCUUUUAUUCUAUAGUGAUCAUCAUUUUUUUAAUCUAAAUAAUCCUGCCUUCUAUAAUACAAAUCUGGUUAUUAACAUGGGGCUUUUAAAAUGCACUUAUUGCAUGAGAUUGUUUUUAUGGCAUGAGAAUGUUCUAUUUGGAAUUGUAUCAUGAUCAAUCUAAAUAGACAACAAAAUUUAUUUGAAAACCUGAAUGUUUCUAUAUUGAUCUCUGUCAAACAUUAUUUAUUAAUAAUUGCCUAGGGGUCUAGUAGAAGAAAUUGGAUUGCCUGUGUGGGGUGAGGUGGGGACAUGCAGUGGACACAGUGGAGCAGGCACUACUCUGGCACCAAGAUGGUAAUGACCUCAUGUUUUAUGUGGUUUUUAAAGGCUUGAAAGACUGCAUGACUUAUAACAAUAGGGAGAGAAAAAUAAAUCAUGUUUAUUUGGUAGUGUGGUUAGGUAGUGUGUUUUUCUCAGUGGUGUGGUCAUCCUGGUGCCAGGUGGACAGACUGUGUCAUUGGGCAGCACCGUUGUCUCUUCACCAGAUAAAUCAUUAUUUCACCUUAGGGUGCCAUUCUUAGUGAUUACAGACUUUUUACCAUUGUCAUUCAUAGCAAGAGGAAACUUUCACUAUAGGAACUUAAGUCUUCCUAUGAGCAUAAGUGAAUUUAAGACACUUAAACCAAAUCGUCAGCAUAGUGGGGUUUCAGAAUUCACAGAGCUGGUUCAGGGAAGUUCUUACCACCUUUCCCAAGGUAAAUCUUUCUAGAUAUCUUUAGGUAUUAAAUACUUUCUGCAUUCAUUAGCUCUGUCUAUGAUGCACGUAACUCUCCUUCCAUUUGGGGGAUAGUUUACAGAGAUGGGAAAAUCAUCUCCCAGUUUUCUGGUGACUUCUUAGAGUAUAGAAUUCACUAUUUUAUCCUUAAGUCCUCAAAGGGUUGUGGUGAUGUAGAACUCACUUAAUGCAAAAUAGUCUUCUAUUUUUAAUAGGAACUUAGAAAAUACUUAACUUUGAAUUAUCUAGAGCUGUUUCCUUUAGAAACCAGAAUUAUUUAUUUGUAUUUAAAGCAAUGUUUAUUAUUUGUACCAAUUCUUACUCCUCUGUGAAUAAAUGGAAGACAGUGUCUGUGCA